ACCCCUUCACCCUCGCUUGCGAGAGAGCGAGAGAGAGAGCGCAGAGAGGAGAAAGGGGCGAUUAGGGUUAGGGUUAGGGUUAGGGUUAGGGUUGAGACGAAACAAUGGAGUCGCCGUUUAGGGCGGAUGUGCUGAAGGGGAAGGUGGCGCUGGUGACGGGGGGAGGCUCCGGCAUCGGCUUCGAGAUCUCCGCCCAGCUCGGCCGCCACGGCGCCGCCGUCGCCGUCAUGGGCCGCCGCCGCCCCGUCCUCGUCGCCGCCGUCUCCGCCCUCCGCGACCAGGGCAUCCGGGCGAUUGGACUUGAGGGAGACGUUCGUAAGCAGGAAGAUGCUAGAAGGGUUCUAGAAGCAACAGUUGAACAUUUUGGAAAGCUCGAUAUUCUUGUAAAUGGUGCGGCCGGCAAUUUUCUCGCAUCGCCUGAGGAUUUGUCACCUAACGGGUUUCGAACAGUUAUAGAAAUCGAUUCUGUGGGCACGUACACAAUGUGCCACGAAGCUCUGAAGUACCUGAAGAAGGGAGGGCCUGGGAAGGGUCCAUCUAUGGGCGGCCUGAUUAUAAAUAUAAGUGCAACUCUGCAUUACACAGCAAGUUGGUACCAACUUCAUGUGUCUGCCGCUAAGGCAGCAGUUGAUAGUAUUACGCGAUCCCUGGCCCUCGAAUGGGGAACUGAUUAUGAUAUAAGGGUGAAUGGGAUUGCACCAGGACCAAUCGAAGGCACUCCUGGAAUGAGAAAGCUUGCUCCGGAGGAGAUGAAGGUGAGAACUCAAGAAUACAUGCCAUUAUUUAAGCUGGGGCAGAAAUGGGAUAUUGCAAUGGCUGCCCUGUACCUUGCUUCUGAUGCAGGUAAGUUCGUCAAUGGGCAUACUGUGGUAGUCGACGGAGGACUCUGGCUAAGCCGCCCUCGCCACAUUCCGAAGGAGGAAGUUAAGGAGCUCUCCAGGGUUGUGGAGGGGAAGUCCAGGGCAUCAAAUGUUGGUGCCCCAUCCAGCAAGCUUUGAUCAUAUAUAUUUCCUGGGCAUGUUAAUUAAGUUGGUGUUACUGUUGUAUGUAUGAGCUUUGGAAUAAUCUCAGAGAAACAAUCACUGUAAAAUUGCUACACAAAAGUUUGAAUUAAGAAAAGAAGCGACCAGUAUCAACCAGUAUCAUUAAUUGCAUGUAUGAUUUAUGGGAGGACUUUAGUAAUAAUACAUGCAGUUAUUUUGGAGGCAAA